GGGGCAGAGUGAGCGGGGAGCUGCACAGGUGCAAGCUCAGAGCAGAUUCUGGAAGAAACAUGAACAAAAUGAAUUGUAUCCUGUUCACUGUCUUCAUGGUUCUGAUUGCUUAUUGCAGUUCUGGAUAUGCCCUGAAGUGUUACAUCUGUGCAGAUAGUCCUUCAUUGUGUUCAACCAAUGCUACUUGCCCCCAUGGAGAUGAUAGUUGCUUACAGAUCAGGUUUGCUGAUUUGAAAACCUAUGCCUGCUGGAAAUACUCCCGAUGCAAGAUGAAUGAGAUUGCUGAUGAUUUUGGUGCUGACAACUUUGAUUUCCACUGCUGUCAAAAGGACUUUUGCAACAAGAGUCCAGCCACAGUGGUUAGUAAAACAACCUUCAGCAUUGCGACUGUGAUGACCAUGAUCUGGAUGCUCUGCUUUUAA